GCAGUUGCCGGGGAGCUGUACUGUGACACUGGCCUGACAAUAUGAAGACAAUCAUCGCUGCCUACUCGGGGGUCUUACGAGGCACUGGAUCCAGUCUCCUGUCAGCGGUACAUGACCUGCCCUCUGUCCCUUGGCUGUCCAAAUCAAGUGUGGUGAGACACCUUCAGAUCAUCUCUGUCCUACAAUGGGUUCUCAGCUUCCUCAUUUUGGGUGUCACAUGUACUGCGGUCCUUGUGUACAUCUUCUGCACUGACCUCUGGCUGAUUGCAGCUUUGUAUUUGACAUGGAUGGUGCUUGACUGGAAUACACCAUAUAAAGGUGGCAGGCGAUCCUCAUGGGUAAGGAACUGGGCAGUCUGGCGCUACUUUCGAGACUAUUUUCCAAUAAAGCUGGUAAAAACGCACAACCUCCUGCCAAGCAGAAACUAUAUCUUUGGGUAUCACCCCCAUGGAAUAAUGUGCCUGGGAGCAUUUUGUAACUUCGGAACAGAAGCCACCGGGGUGUCCAAGAAGUUUCCUGGGAUCAAGUGUCACCUGGCCACAUUAGCGGGGAAUUUCCGAAUGCCUGUACUGAGGGAAUAUCUAAUGUCUGGAGGUAUAUGCCCUGUGGACCGGGAUACCAUUGACUACAUUCUGUCCAAGAACGGAACUGGCAAUGCUGUAGUUAUUGCAGUCGGGGGAGCUGCCGAAUCUCUUAACUGCAGACCUGGGAAAAACACUGUAACACUAAAGCAGAGAAAAGGAUUUGUGAAAAUUGCACUGCAACAUGGAGCUGACCUUGUUCCGAUCUACUCUUUUGGUGAAAAUGAAGCUUACAAGCAGGUUGUCUUUGAAGAGGGAUCUUGGGGGAGAUGGAUACAGCAGACGUUUCAGAAGUAUGUCGGCUUUGCUCCAUGUGUCUUCCAUGGCUGCAGCUUCUUCUCCUCUAACAGCUGGGGGUUGGUUCCUUAUGCCAAUCCUAUAACAACUGUUGUGGGAGAACCAAUCACCGUUCCCAAGAUUGAACAACCCACCCAGAAAGAUGUGGACCUUUAUCAUGGCAUGUACUUGUCGUCCCUGCAACGACUUUUUGACAAGUACAAAACUAAGCUUGGGCUCCCAGAUUCAGAAACACUGGAGUUCGUCUGAAUUUGCACAAAUUGGCAUUCUGUAAUGUGCUUUCUGUGACAUAUACCCUGUACAACUGCAAUGGGGGGGGAGAUAAUUCUAUUUUCCAGAAUGUGUUGGUAGCAACCACAGCUGUAUGAGGUGGAACAUGGAGCCAUGUCCACUUGCUGAAACCAGCGGCUGUGCCAAGUCUAGAACUUUAGACUUUACUCUCUCUAUAGAGCUGGUUUUCAUGAGAACAGAAGUUGUGAUAGGUCUGCCACCUACCUUUGUACAUUUUUAGUUUUGGGGAACUUGAUAAAAAAAUGUGUUUCUGCCACCACAUUUGUGACCUUCUACUUAAAGUAAAGCGUAAACAUCUAGGUUUAGUUUAUGACCCAGUGUAUAGUAGAAGGUGCCUCCUGCUUGUAGGUCUCUUCUGAGAGCUUUUAAGUAACUAUGCUCCAUUCAAAUACCUGAUCAGUUGCACAGCGUGAUCCAGAAAGGCCAGGCAAUGUCUACUACAUUCCCAUAAUAAAAUGGCAGUCUGUCCAUAAUCUCACUUUUCUUCUACUCCCAUUGUAGCGCUGCACCUCAGUUCCUCGUCUAUAAGCAAGAUGGGCUUCUCUUUCAGGGAUGGAUAGCGGUUGUUCGUCAAAUAUCCCUUUCUGCCACAUACACUUUUUUUAAAACAAUCUUUGGAAAAAAGGAGGGUGUGCAUUCUUCUUACAUAAUUCUUCUUACACAAUGUAGACGAGUGCCUAGAUUUGGGCCCUACGGGCAAGCUUUAAUAUGAUUCUCAUGAAAAUGUCUCUUUGCUGGAGGUUGCACAGAUAUUUAAAAGUAGCAAAUAGCUUUCCUAACACUUUCACAUUCCUUGACUAGAAAUAAAACUACAGGCUUUACACAACAUUUUCACUUGGGUGCAGGAUUUGCAGACUACUGUAACCCUAAUCAUCAGCUUCGCUUCCCUUCAUUCCCAUUGUGGGAUGUUAAUGGGGUCACCCUCAUUGAAGUGCCUUCACUGAAAUCAGUCGCAACCUUAUCUGAAAACUUGUCUCUGCAUAAGCUCUUAAAGUGGUAAAAUACUGUAGGGAACUCUGCUAACUCCCCCAAAGUGUAAGAAAUGAGUAAAGGUUUUAUCUUCAAUGCAUCUGUCUUAAGGUGGCCAUACACGGGCUGAUAAAAGCUGCAGACAGACCGUGCCGGCAGCUUAUUGGCCCGUGUAUG